AUGCACUAUGUUGCUCCAGCGUUGGUGCAGCCUGAUUCAGACAAACACUGCAAAGUAUACCAAAAUUUCAGCAGAACCUCCCCUAAAGUUAUAACAAUUCCCAAACUGAAGCCCUCGAGAUGGCUAGUUGUAAAUCUACACAAUGUGGACUGGAAUUUGUAUCUCAACACUCUCCUUUGGAAUCUCAACUAUUGGGACUCGAUAAGUACACUUGCCGGAGAGGUAGAAAACCCAAAGAAAACUCUCCCAAAGGCUCUGUUUUACGCUUUGAUAUUAGUUGUUCUUGGAUAUCUCUUCCCACCCUUAAUGGGUACUGGGGCUGUUCCAAUCGACCGUGAGUUGUGGACAGAUGGAUAUUUCUCAGACAUUGCCAAAAUAAUUGGGGGAGUUUGGUUGAGAUGGUGGAUCCAAGGGGCUGCAGCAGUGUCGAACAUGGGGAUGUUUGUUGCUGAAAUGAGCAGCGACUCCUUCCAACUUCUUGGGAUGGCAGAACGAGGGAUGCUCCCUAAGUUUUUUGGUGAGCGUUCUCGUCAUGGAACCCAAGUAAUUGGCAUUUUGUUCUCAGCUUCUGGGGUCCUUUCGCUAUCUUGGUUGAGCUUUCAAGAGAUUGUAGCCGCAGAAAACUUCUUGUACUGUUUUGGAAUUAUUUUGGAGUUCAUAUCAUUCAUACGAUUAAGGAUUAAGUACCCAGCUACAUCCCGUCCUUACAAGAUACCCAUUCGAACAGAUGGAGCCAUUCUUAUGUGUAUUCCUCCAACUGCUCUAAUUUGUGUAGUUUUGGCUCUGUCAACACUCAAGAUCGUAGUUGUGAGCCUUGUCGCUAUUUUGAUCGGCCUUGUGAUGCAGCCAUGUCUCACUUACGUUGAGAAAAAGAGGUGGAUCAAGUUCUCCGUCAGCGCCGACCUCCCAGAUCUUCACGGUGCUAAUCAGGGAAGUGUUGGCGCCAUAAGACAUUAG